GCUGGUGAAAGGAGUUCAGCUAAUCGAUCUGUACUCCGUCUAGCUCCUCUGACAAGCGCUUCCUUCCAUAUUGUGCUUGCACCUUUUCUACGGGAACCACGUUAUAUGGAGGCUCUCGGCGGCAUCACGGAUGCGCCGCUUUGGGUGCUUGCCUCUCUGAGCGGGAUCGCCAUCUUCGUUGCCUCGGCAAUUGCAUAUGGCUUCCAUCCAGUUGCAAGGUGGAGAUUACGGAAGAUUCCAGGACCCACACCGGCCUGGUACCAAGGGAGCCUUCCAGAGCUGCUCUCGAAGGGAACAGCUGUUGUGUACUCGGAAUGGGGAGAGAAAUAUGGCAAGGUGUUCAAGUACUUCUCAGGUGCACAGCCAGUGGUGGUCGUCAAUGAUGCUGAGAUGGCCAGGCUUGUAAGUCUCCGGAUCUCCACGCGGCAUGAGUUCAGAGGGCCAGGCUCUCUGUUCAUCGGCAAGGAGGCCGAGUUUAACAAAGUUGGCCUUUUCAGCACAAACAACAAGGAUUUCCAUCGGAGCAUGAAGAGCGCUUGGCUGCCAGUCUUCAACAGUGCCAGCCUGGAGAUUUCCUCCAAGGAGAUGAACAUUGGAGCCAACCGCAUGGCGGCCAUUCUCACAAAGAAUGCCAGGGAACAGCGGGAGCUCAACAUCUGGAGGCAAUUCGGACACCUUACAAUGGAUGUUGUGGGGAGCGCUGCUUUCGGAGUUGAGCUGCGCACUCAGGAUGCCGAGAGGGGCCUGAACAGCGAGGAGGCUGAGAAGCUGGUCUGGGCAGCACAGACCAUCUUCGCCACUGCAUCUGAGAAGGCCUCCAUCUACACCUAUCCUGGAGCAGUGCUGCCCGUUCUCAACCCGCUCAUGAGAGUGCUGGCCUAUUACUUCCCAGAUGACGGCAUCAAGCGGGCUGUGAAUGCGCGCAAUAUUUUGCGGUCCACAGUCUCAAAGCUGACGCAGGAGUCCCGCAGGCAGCAGCAAGCUGGUCUGAAGGCGGCGGCUGCGCCGGCGGUGAACAUAGAGGCGAGUGCGACGGAGGGCCGCAAGAAGGCGCGCGGGGUGCAGCCGGGCUCCUUCCUGAGCCUGAUGAUUGACAGCAAGCACCAGGACGGCCGCGGCGUGUCCGAUGACGAGGCCACCUCCCAGGCCUUCACCUUCCUCCUGGCAGGCUAUGAGACCACGGCAUCAGCACUGGCGUUCACAGUGUACUGCCUCUCCAAGAGCCAAGCCAAGAUGGAGAAGCUGCUGCAGGAGAUCGACAGCCUGGGGGAUAGCAACAGGGAGGUGGGGCCUGCUGAUCUGGCGCGCAUGCCCUACCUGGAGGCCUGCCUGAAGGAGGCCAUGCGGCUGUACCCGCCCGGCGUCUUCAGCAUGCGCCAGAGUCUCACCGAGGACUUCACCGUGAAGGGCUACACCAUCCCCAAGGGCACCUGGAUCCACAUGCCCAUCUUCAAUCUACAGCGCAGUGAGGAGAACUAUGGGCGCCCGCUGGAGUUCAUCCCAGAGCGCUGGCUGGAGGGAACCCCCGAGGAGACUGCGCUCAACAGAAAGGUGCCCGGCAGCUGGAUGGCCUUUGGGGAGGGCACGCGCGUCUGCGUGGGCCAGCGAUUUGCCCUGCAGGAAGCCAAGAUCACACUCGCCCGGCUCUACCAAAGGUUCACGUUCAAGCUGUCGCCAGGGCAGGAGGAUGAGGCGGGACUGCAGCUGCAGAGCUUCUUCACGCUGGGGCCCAAGGAGGGCAUCUUUGUCACCCCUGUCCUACGCACCGAGGAAUGAAAGUCAUAGAUCCCUACGGACGCCAUUGUUUUGCGGAGAGGGCGCUAGCAACGCUUGAGUCUUAUUCAACAAAUGCUCAUGUGUGGAAUAAAGUCGUGAUCUGGGGGCUUUAAUCUUGGCCCUGACGCGCUGACAAUAGGUUCUGGGGCGUGCAAGAUGUGACCUGCAUAACGAGACGAACAGAAGUAUUGCUCUUCUUUUCUCCAUGUUGCUUUGCAUGUGCACGCAGCUCUGCAUUGCUCUGGACCUAUGCUGCCAUAUUUGGCACCAUUCUCAUGAUGCCUGGUAAUUUGGCUGAAGAGGUGGCAUCCUAGAAGAGCUUGUGGGGCAGCAUGCAUGCAUGCGCAGAAUUUAUAUUUGUCACUUCAUAAUAUUUCCUUUCGCUAUUAGGUAGUACUUCUAGUGGGAUUGCAUGCAGAUGUGCUUAGGUUUACAUCUGCCUGGCCAAUCAUGUUGUACAUAGAGACAGAAGCAUCUCUUGCAGCCCACUCCUAGGGGGACAUGCAUAAAGUCCAGACUUCCUUGUAAGAUUUCAUGGGUC